CGGGCCCGAGAGCCUGCGCCCUGUUCUAGGCGUGUUCGUGUCGACCUGACCCUGGCCGUGGCUCCCUCCAACCUCGGCGCUGUUCGACCCGGGCAGCCGUGGCCAGCGCCCCGCGGCAUGAGCCGGUGACCGAGCACGGGGCCGAUCGGGAGGCAGCCGUGGCUGAGGAGCGUUGGGUUAAGCUCCAGUGUGGCAGUGGCCCUGGAGUUCAGCUGUGAGGGUGUCUCUGGAAAGGUUGGAUACAGUGGACUGAGUGGAUUGGAUGGACCCCGAAGCACCCAGCGGAGGAGUGUGGGGAAGAGGCCGUGUGUGUCAUUAUGUGUGCGUCAGUCAAGUACAACAUCCGGGGUCCGGCCCUCAUCCCGAGAAUGAAGACCAAGCACCGCAUCUACUACAUCACCCUCUUCUCCAUCGUCCUCCUGGGCCUCAUCGCCACGGGCAUGUUUCAGUUCUGGCCGCACUCCAUCGAGUCCUCCAGCGACUGGAGCGUGGAGAAGCGCAGCAUCCGGGAUGUGCCGGUGGUCAGGCUGCCGGCCGACAGCCCCAUUCCGGAGCGGGGGGACCUCAGCUGUAGGAUGCACACGUGUUUCGACGUGUACCGCUGUGGCUUCAACCCGAAGAACAAGAUCAAAGUGUACAUCUACUCCCUGAAGAAGUAUGUGGACGACUUUGGUGUCCCGGUGAGUGACACCAUCUCCCGGGAGUACAAUGAGCUGCUCACCGCCAUCUCGGACAGUGACUACUACACUGACGACAUCAACCGGGCCUGCCUGUUCGUUCCCUCCAUCGACGUGCUCAACCAGAACCCGCUGCGCAUCAAGGAGACGGCGCAGGCAUUGGCCCAGCUCUCCAGGUGGGACCGAGGCACAAAUCACCUGUUGUUCAACAUGUUGCCUGGAGGUCCCCCAGAUUACAACACGGCUCUGGACGUCCCCAGAGACAGGGCUCUGCUGGCUGGUGGCGGCUUUUCCACGUGGACCUACCGGCAGGGCUACGACGUCAGCAUCCCCGUCUACAGUCCGCUGUCGGCUGAGGUGGAUCUUCCCGAGAAGGGACCGGGUCCGCGGCGGUACUUCCUCCUGUCGUCUCAGUUGGCCGUGCACCCCGAGUUCAGAGAGGAGCUGGAGGCCCUGCAGGCCAAGCACGGGGAGUCAGUGUUGGUGCUGCACAAGUGCACCAACCUCUCGGAGGGCGUCCUCUCUGUCCGGAAGCGCUGCCACAAACACCAGGUCUUCGACUACCCCCAGGUGCUGCAGGAAGCCACUUUCUGCGUGGUCCUUCGUGGGGCUCGGCUGGGUCAGGCGGCGCUGAGCGAUGUGUUACAGGCUGGCUGUGUCCCAGUGGUCAUCGCAGACUCCUACAUCCUGCCUUUCUCUGAAGUUCUGGACUGGAAGAGAGCGUCUGUGGUUGUGCCGGAAGAAAAGAUGGCCGACGUGUACAAGAUUUUGCAGAGCAUCCCCCAAAGACAAAUCCAAGAAAUGCAGCGACAGGCCCGGUGGUUCUGGGAAGCAUACUUCCAAUCAAUCAAAGCCAUUGCCCUGGCCACCUUGCAGAUCAUCAAUGACCGGAUCUAUCCCUACGCAGCCAUCUCCUAUGAGGAAUGGAAUGACCCUCCUGCUGUGAAAUGGAGCAGCGUGAGCAACCCACUCUUCCUCCCGCUGAUCCCGCCACAGUCACAGGGGUUCACAGCCAUCGUCCUCACCUACGACCGAGUGGAGAGCCUCUUCCGGGUCAUCACGGAAGUGUCCAAGGUGCCGAGUCUCUCCAAGCUGCUGGUUGUCUGGAAUAAUCAGAAUAAAAACCCUCCAGAAGAGUCUCUCUGGCCCAAAAUCCGGGUCCCGUUAAAAGUCGUGAGGACCGCUGAGAACAAGCUGAGCAACCGCUUCUUCCCUUACGACGAGAUCGAGACGGAGGCCGUGCUGGCCAUCGACGAUGACAUCAUCAUGCUGACCUCCGACGAGCUGCAGUUCGGCUACGAGGUCUGGCGCGAGUUCCCCGACCGCCUGGUGGGCUACCCGGGCCGCCUGCACCUCUGGGACCAUGAGAUGAACAAGUGGAAGUACGAGUCCGAGUGGACCAACGAGGUGUCCAUGGUGCUCACGGGAGCUGCCUUCUACCACAAGUAUUUUAAUUACCUGUAUACCUACAAAAUGCCUGGCGAUAUCAAGAACUGGGUAGAUGCCCAUAUGAACUGUGAAGACAUUGCCAUGAAUUUCCUGGUGGCUAACGUCACAGGGAAGGCCGUCAUCAAGGUAACCCCACGGAAGAAAUUCAAGUGUCCUGAGUGCACAGCCAUUGAUGGGCUCUCACUAGACCAGACACACAUGGUGGAGAGGUCGGAGUGCAUCAACAAGUUCGCCUCUGUCUUUGGGACCAUGCCGCUCAAGGUGGUGGAGCACCGAGCGGACCCCGUCCUGUACAAAGACGACUUUCCCGAGAAGCUGAAGAGCUUCCCCAACAUCGGCAGCUUGUGAACCGUGUCCGGGCGGAGCCUCCUUGGCCAGCACUCUGCUGCCCAGGCCGCAGUCUAGGGCGGAAGGCGGACGUCCCGGGUCCUGGCACAGCCCCACCUCGCCCACUUUCUCAGGAAUAGGAGCCUCGGGCGGCUGGCGCGGCACCUGGGGCCGGGCCGCCACGUGGCUGUGUUUCUGAUGGUCGCCAGUGGGUUCUUUCUGUAAGUGCCACGUGGGAGCCCUUGGGGCACGCUCCAGACUUCACAGCUCAGCUAAACGUGACUCUCAGACUUCUGGAGGAGAGAUCCAGCGACUUCCGGUUAUCGCACAUCAGCGAGUUCCAUGGAAAAACAGCCAAGCCCGGAACUGGCUGCAGAACCCAAACACGUUGGUGGCAUUCGACCCAGGCCGUGGGACCCAGGACACUGGGCUCACGGGGAGGAAGAGGCCCACUGCUCAGUCAGGAUCCUCGCACUUCCAUGAACUCCUCUCUAUUUGGCUUUUUUUAAUGUGAUUAAAGUAAUUUUUAUUCCUUUUCUGCUGUGUCUUCAACACUGAUUCUCCAUAGUCCAGACCCUGUCCUCCUUUUGUGUGUUUAACUCCAUCUUCCGGUUUACCGACAGUCUGGAGAGGCUGGAGGAGUACUGGGCCCCGUGCACCUCAGUCCUAAGGAGACCAAGCCCUACGCAUUCUAAGAGCAGGUGACUCCCAGAACCUCCUGGGGACCACAGGCUGCCCGAGUAGGUCCGGUCAGUGUUGUAUCCGUGUUCCUGGGCCUGCGGGAGCCGUCCACUGGGGCUCUCUCGCUGGUGCUGUGGAGGGACCUGUGACCCACCUCCACCCAAGGGGAUGCCAGAUUCUCCCCUCCCCUUCUGUGGGUAUAAACGUAACAUUAGCCAGGGACCUUCUGGCUAACGUUAAGUGCUGCUGUAACAACUGCUUUGCAACAGUUGCCCAUAUCCUUUAAAUCAUUAAA